UUCGGAAACUUUUGUUGUUGGCUGUUUGCACUUUUUGUUUGGGAGCGAGUGCGUGAGCUAAGACCUGCUUGGUGGCUUGGCGAUCGCGAUGGCGGCAGAAGAGCAAUCUGAUAAUAAACCUUUGUUUCGUAACAUCGAUGCUGAUGACGAGACUGAGCAGGUCACUGUGGAGAGUUUGUGUUUAGGUUGUCAAGAAAAUGGUACAACACGACUUCUAUUGACCAAGAUCCCGUAUUUCAAGGAAAUUGUGAUCUCAUCAUUUGAAUGUCCACAUUGCGGAUUUGCGAAUAAGGAGAUCCAGUCAGCUGGUGAGAUACAGCUUCAAGGCUGUGUUUGGACGCUUGAUGUCAAGUCUACCGAGGAUCUUGGUCGGCAAGUUGUCAAGUCAGACUCAGCAAGUCUUCAUAUUCCUGAAGUAGACUUUCAGGUCCCCAGUCAAUCUCAGCCUGGCAUCUUUACCACCGUGGAAGGUCUAGUACAGCGUGCCGUAGAUGGCCUAGAACAAGACCAGGUUCUGCGACGGAUUCAACAGCCAGAGCUGGCUGAGAAGAUUGAUGAGUUUGUUGUCAAGCUGCAAAAGUUGCUGACUGGCGAUGAGCAAUUUCAAGUGAUUCUGGAUGACCCCUCUGGCAAUAGCUUCAUUGAAUUCCUCAACCCGCCUGCACCCGAUCCUCUACUGAAGAAGAGUGAGUACACGCGAAGCAAGGAGCAGAAUGAAAUGCUCAACAUUUCCAGUCCAGAAACCGUGGCAGAUGUGCCAAGCGGCGCGGAAGACUUGUCAUCCACUGCAGGUUCAUCGAAGGAAAGGGGGACCGCUGACAGCAUUGGUGAUGAGGAGAUAUUGUCAUUUCCCAGUAACUGCCCCAACUGUCAGUCACCAGUGGAGAAUCUCAUGAAGCCAGUCGAUAUUCCGUUGUUCAAACAGGUCAUCAUCAUGGCAGUAAAGUGCGACAGGUGUGGCUUUUCGUCCAACGAAGUCAAAUCAGCAGGUGGUAUUGAGCCAAAAGGAGUACGGAUAUCACUGGAAAUGUCUGAGGAGGCUGAUCUUAGUCGAGAUGUCCUUAUCGCUGAAACGGCAUCUCUCUGCAUACCGCAGUUGGAGCUAUCUGUAGAUUCGUUUGCUGCCUCUGGCAGUUUCACAACACUGGAGGGUGUGCUAACGAACAUGAAGGACCAGCUCACCAAAGUCCAUGCACUCUCCCUUGGUGACAGCUCUGAUGCCGGUCGUGCAGACAAACUAAAGGACUUCCUUGGUGAAAUGGACUCGAUUAUCAGUGGAACUCGAUUUGUCACCAUCCAGAUCGAUGACCCGGCUGGUAAUAGCUAUGUUCAGAAUCUGUUUGCGCCUGACCCUGAUCCUGGUCUUACGGUGGAACGUUACGAACGAAGCCAAGAACAAAAUGAAGAGCUGGGUUUCACGCAGCUGAUGGAUGAAAAUAAGCUUGCAGCGGUUGAUGAGAGUGAGGAGAGCAGCACCUCAUGACGACGGUAACAUCUGAUCUGCCUGUCCGAAGAGACCACUCUUAUCCUAGUGUAGUGCUAUGGCCCAGUCUAGGCUGUACUGUGCUGUACUGUACUGUACCCUCUGGUAAUGCUAUGCGUACAGUGCACUGUACACGCUGCUUGUGGAUAGGUGCAUGGCGUUGCUAAUACUGGUCAGUUGGCACUGAGCAUUGUUGAUACUGUUGCUGUUGUAACAUCACUGCUGCUGCUGCUGCUGCUGCUGCUGAGAAGCUUGUACUGCACUUGCAAUGGGCCUUGCUCUAUUACGGUGGCUGCCUCAACAUUGCAUUCUUGUGGAGUCCUGUGCUACAGUCACCAGUGUUGCACUGGUUCUCCGCUACAUACUAUUCCGCUCGAGCUGUACAUGGCUGCAGCUUACUCUAGCGAUAGCAACCAGGUGACUCCGGGGUCCGUUUCCGGUUCUGGCGUGCAGGUCCACCCAUUCCUCCGACACCUCACGCUCUGCGUGCGUGUGUGCUUCUCACUCAGAAAUUUGCCGUGUGCCGCGUGUGUAGCAUGCGAUCCAUGCUGAUUUACGGCACUCCCUGGCAGAGUUUUUUUAUAUUUUCAUCUCGAAUUCUACUGAUUAUGAUAACGAAGCAUGUUGACUGAAUCAGCGACCUUGACUCACUCAAAUUACAAUCCUUAGAACUGACAGGUUGUUGAUGCUGUUGAUUUGCUCUUUCUUGGCUCUGUUACCAUGAUUACUGAGGUAUGAACGCUGAUCACUACACACUGGCUGAUUUCA